UACCUGAUGUUCCCUACUGUAACAACUUUUUUUAGGAGGGGGGGAUUAUCUGACGAUCAUUUGUUUUCCGGAACAAACGACUGUUAGAAACUCGUGGGACGCGAAAGGGCAUGGUUAGAGUGAAUAGGGCUAGUAAUGUUCAGUGUUAUUUCUUUUACCAUUUUGUCACCGAUUAGCAAGAAAUCAAUAUGAUGCGAAAGAGAAGAGUCCUCAUGGUUUGUUUGGGGAAUAGCUGCCGCUCCCCUAUGGCAGAAGCAGUGUUUCAGGAUCAAGUGCGACAGAUGGGUUUGAGCGAUCUUUGGGAGGUCGAAAGCGCCGCUAUUCUGGGGUAUCACGUAGGCAAUGGUCCUGAACCCAGGGCGAUGUCCACACUUCGGAAGGCUGGAAUUACGGAUUACUCUCAUAUCGCGAGACAAAUCACGUCCAACGAUUUCUACAAAUUUGAUUGGAUAUUCGGAAUGGACGAGUAUAAUAUCCACGUGCUGUACGAGAUGCAACCAGAGGAUAGCCGAGCGAAGAUAGAGCUACUUGGGAAAUACGAUCCCGCUGGAUUAGUUAUUAUAAGAGAUCCUAUCUUUGAUGCUGGUAGUGCUGGAUUUGAGAAAGCAUUUGAGCAAGCUCUGAGAAGCGUACGCGCAUUUUUGGAAAUUAAUAAGGAUAAUACACUCGAAAAACUGCAAUAAAAAUUCAAUUUAAUUUUUUAAAUUUAUCUAGCAGCUCUACCGCAGAGUAUGUACAAAAAUAAAAAAUUUAUUUUUAAAUAAAAGACAUUGAUUGUUCUGAAAUCCAAUUUCACUGAACGAUAAUAUACGCGAUCUUUCGAAUCAAGAUUCGACUGUAUAAAGACAAGACGAUACUUUUUUCGAUUUACCUUUCCAGACCCAUUAGUUUAUAAUUUUGUUUGCAAAUUUUAAAAUGCAUAUCCUUUCUAAAAGAGUUCGAUUCUUUGAAAAUGGAAUUUAAUUCGAGAUUUAUUAAAAUAAUUUGCUGUUAAGAAGGGCCAAGAAACAUGGCCUUUAAGAUGGGGUCUUUUUGUUCCGAAUCAAUUGCGCGUAAAAAUUUGAUGAAGCAAUUACGCUGAGAGGAAGAGAGUCCUUAGCCUAUUAUUUUCUGCAUAAAUAACGCGCAUAUCAAUGUAAAGUAAAUGCACAAAUGGAGUAUACACGGUGCCCUGUAUCGCGCUUCAGCCGUAAAAUGCUACAUUUGCAGACUUUGUUUUGCAAAUGAAGCCUUUUGCAUAAUUUGUUCCUUCGAACAGAGAAAUUUAAUUAACAUCUCGCGAUGGUGAAUGUCGGUUCGAGCGUAAAUUCCUUCCGCUACCUUUGCCGCUACAGCCUCACGAGACGUCAGAACGAGAUGUGGAGAGAAUGAAACUCUGGAAAUACAUGUUUUCUUAAAUGUGGAAUAUGAUAAAACAUCAUUGCAAACUUUGCACGCCAAUUUCAUCAAGCUUUUAUCACUCUCAAAUAUACAAGAAAUUAAUGAAAUCUUAGAAAGAAGUGUGUGUUCUACUUUUCUUGCUCUGAGAAAUGAAACAGUUUGUCGAGCUCGAAAAAUUGGAAAGAUUAGAAACUUAGAGGUUUCUACCGAUACGAAAUGCUCCAGAUAAUUAGUACAAUUAUCCUAUUAAAUGUUACCCUGAAGGAGGAAAAUUGUACGUCUAAAGAGCCGUUAAGCGUGAAUUUAACGGAUGUUAUCUAAUUCGAAAGAAAGUUGGUGAAAUCGACGGUAAUACCCGCAAAAUCCGAUCGCGCUCGUUUCGAGCCGCUUCGCGAAAGAUCGAUUACAGGCUGCGGGACGUAUAAUUGCGCGCAUUAAAUUGAUACGGAUUGGAACGCGAACGAAUAGCAUUGAGUCUGUGAGAGCAACGCAGCUGUUUUGCAUACGGCGUGCUUUGAAUUCUGAAAUGAUGAAUACUUAUAUCGAAUAUAUACAGAAAUGUUCACGAACAUCUCAAAAUAAAAAUGCUGAAAAAAAUCUCUCGCCAUCAAUUCGAUAUUAUAUAUUAUAUUAUAUUAAAUGUAUGUAAAAAACUGAACGAAAUCGAUUCAUGUAAGAAAAAUAUGGUUUUGUUUAAAAAAUAUGUAGAUGACGAUCUUAAUACGAUCUAGAAUAAGUAAAGAAAAAAUGAUUUCUG